AUGAAAGCUGGAUGUCUCAUAUCACACGUGCGUGCAAUCGAUCGGGAGGCUAACAACAAUUACAUCUCAAACACCAUUAGCAAUAACAACAACAACAACAUCAUCAAAAACGACAUCAAGCAUGAACUCCGUGACAACAACAACAUCUUAAAUCAUGACAACGACAUUAACCUUGCCGAUCACACAGACGAACCAACGAAUCACUUCAUUUCAUUGCAGCAAAUUGAUUGGAAAAACAAACAAGCGAACAAUUUCAGUGAUAUUUUCGAGGAAAAUAAAAAGUUGGAGCGACGCAGCAAGCCAUAUCUCAGCAGCAAAAAAUCGCUUCUCAAACAAUAUUAUCAGAUGAGAUUCAAAAAGAAGAGUUAUAACUCAAACAUAUCAUCACCGACACACUCACCUAACGAGUAUAUCUCUUCAAUUAACUCACAUUCGAAGAAACCAAGUGCUCAAAAACAUUUCAUUAAGAUGUUUCAGUUGCAUGGUCGGAGAGAGUCAUCAUCAUCGUCGUCGUCGUCGUCAUCACCUGUGUUUUCCACAUCAUCACAGGCAUCAAAUCUAUUCAUACCAACUCCGCCAUCGUUAUCUUUAAAGUCAUCAUCAACAUCAUCAUUCCCACUCGAGCCACCUUCAUCAUUAAUUGCUAGCAGACAUCGUCGGAUGCGUCAUUGCAGAAAUGUCAGAAAAAAGUUUCCAAUGACUCCAUCCUCAUCAUUAUCAGCAUCAUCAUCUUCAUCAUCAUUAUCAUCUUCAACCAACGAUAACGAAGCUAGUGAUGAUGCUGAUGAUGAGAUGAAUUAUCAAAAUGACGAACAUCACAAACAAUACAUCAACUCUCAGCCACAAUCAUUACCAUUACUAUCACCAUCAUCAUCAUCAUUUUAUUCCCUGGACAACGACCUGGAGAGUCCAGAGGUGUGCGUGUUUAGCGGGCGAGUGAGUACGAAGGAGAACUGGUUCGGCUACCUGGCGAACCUUACCAUCGCAGGUGGCUACGGCAGCCUGGAGUUCGAGUUCUCCUACCUGGAGGAGCGCUGCUGCAUAAACGUGCUCUUCUACUACGAGGACCAGCUGGCUGCCAUGGGAUCAAACAGCAACUGCUGGUCCAAGGAAUACAUCUUGAGGCACGAAGACGAUCAAAUUUUGAGGCUCACUCCGAAUUUCAGCUGGUCUGGAUGUCAGCUGAAAAAAAGAUUCAACCAGCCAAAUCUAAUCAUAUGCAAGGGGGGCAGGAGUUUUUCAUCAAUAGCUCCAUCAAACUUAAAUUAUAGGCGCAGUGACGAAAACAAAAACGCCAACAACUUCAACGACAACUUCAACGACUACGGCCACUCCGACGAGAGCCACCACAACCACGUGAAGCCAAGAAACUCUGCCACUUGGUAUGUAGCUCUCAGCAACUGUGGAUCUCUCCAUGGCUUGGAAUUGAACUAUCGAUUGAAAGUUUACGGUCACACCAUCCCCUGCCCGUCAGAAAAUAUUUCCCAUCCAACUGCAAACAGUGGCAACAAAAACUACAAAACGAACAAAGAUAACGAUGCAAACUCAGCACCUGUUUCUUCAGUUUCUUCUUCGUCGUCGUCGUCAUCAUAUCAACCUCGAAGACCACUCGAUGCAGCUCAAACGCACGUGUCCGUCUCUGAUUGGCCGGUGUGUACGU